AUGGCCUCGGCGCGCGCGCCGACGUCGUCGACGGGGCAGGUGUACCCCACGGUGCUGGGCGUCUUUCGUGCCGUCAAGGCUGGCGCCACCCAGCACGCGCAGGCGGCGGUCAAGGUCGUGUCGUACGUGUCGACGACGAACCGGCAGCCGAUCGACCGGCGCGCGCUGCAGAAAGAGGUGCAGAUCCACAGCAUCCUCAAGCACCCGAACGUGCUCGCGUUCCUCGGGUCGGUCGAGUACGCCGUCGGCUCGUCGGCGCCGAGCAACUACGUGCGUGGCCUGUACAUUGUGCUCGAGCUGUGUGCGGGCGGUGACCUGUUCGACAAGAUUGCGCCGGACGUGGGCGUCGACGAGGACCUGGCGCACCUCUACUUUACGCAGCUCGUUGCGGGCCUCACGUACAUCCACGGCCAGGGCGUCACGCACCGCGACAUCAAGCCGGAAAACAUGCUCCUCGACGCGCAGGGCAACCUGAAGAUUGCCGACUUUGGGCUCUGCAGCGUGUACAAGUACAAGGGCAAGGAGCGCACGCUGCACGGGACCUGCGGCUCGCUGCCGUACAUCGCUCCCGAAAUGAACGGCCGGCCGUACCAGGGCGAGCCGGUGGACGUCUGGAGCUCGGGCGUGGUGCUGUUUGCGCUGCUCGUCGGCAACACGCCCUGGGACGAGCCGACGAGCCGCAGUGCCGAGUACGUCGCGUACCUCAGCGGCGAGCUCCUGCGCAUCGACCCGUGGACGCGGCUCAGCGCCGAUGCGCUCUCGCUGCUGCGCCGCAUGAUGCAUCCUGAGCCCGCGCGGCGCAUCACGCUCGCGCAGAUCCAGCGGCACCGCUGGUUCACGCGCGAGAACGCGCUGCUCACGUCCGGCCAGUGCAACGACCCGGUCAGCCUCGCGGAGCGCCUCCUGCACGGCCUUGUGGUGUCGGGCGACAUGCACAUGGCGCUGCACACCGAUGGCGCACGCGCGGCGGUGCCGGAGCACCCGUCGCUAACGCAGCCAGAGGCCCUGUCGACGCGCACGCUGGCGCUCGGCGCGGAAGAUGCGCUGCCGCCCUCCUCCGCGCUCCCCAGCGUGGGCCGCGCGCGGCGCAGCGGGCCUGCGUCAAGCACGCAGCUCGACGAUGCCGGCGCGGUCUUUACGCAGGCCAUGGGCUACCUGACGCAGAGCACUGCGGCGCCGAUGGGCAUGGUGCUGCAGCUGACGCGCUUCUACAGUGCGAGCGGCCCGGUGCAGGUCGCCGAGGCGCUCACGCACGCGCUGCGCGCGCACAAGGCGCAGGUGCAUGUCGAGCCGCUGGGCGACGAGGCUGCCGAGUGGAUGGAGGAGGCCUACGAGGAUCCCGCUCCGUCGGAUACGAGCGCAGCCACCGAAGCGCUGCGGCAUGCGCACGGCGUGCGCAUGCGGCUCGGUCUCGUCGACCGGCGCAAGUGUGCGCUCAAGGGCGAGGUGCGCAUCGAGCGCGUCGCGGAGCUGCCGCCCGACCUCGGCGCUGCGAGCGGGCGCGCGGGCUGCUUUGUGCUGCUGCGCCGCAGCAAGGGCAGCCCGCUCGAGUGGCGCCGCCUGUUCCGAGACCUGUGCCGCCAGCCCGAGGUGCGCGCGCUGAUCGCCGAGCCCAGCAGCUAG